GCGCUGUCUUACUAACUGGCCAAUGUUGUGUACAGGUUAAGUGGCCGCCGCUAUCCCCAUUAGUUCUUAAAAGUAUCAGUAUAGAGGAUUCGUGGUAAUCGUGACAUAGACCUUCCCUUGAUAAUUGACCAGGAUCACCGAUUGAACGACCUGCGGUCAAUUAUCAAAGCAAUAACACACGUGUGUUGUUAUCUCACUGAGUCUCCGAUAACCUUAACGUUAUUUAUUUUUUUUCUAUUUAAAUUAGAAAUAAUUUUAACGUGUACAUCCAUAUGUGUUUUAACGAGCAAUAUGUCAACAUACGAAGAAAUAAAAGAAAAUUUAACAGCUCAGGUUUGCGAGCUAGAAACAUUGGAAUCUAUUUAUCCAAAAGAAUUAAGGAUUACAGAGCAUGGAGUGUUGGCUGAUAUUAACGAAUUCGUCAGGAAUCCGAUGCAGGAACUGCCUCAGAGAUUGGAAUACUCCAUAAAAAUUCCAUUCAACAAUGAAUAUAUAGAAUUAUUUAUUAGUCUAUCAUCUAAUUAUCCUAAAGAAAAGCCAGAGGUUUAUGCAAGGAGCUCUUUUCUGAGCCGAACUCAACAAUUGCUAUUAAACCAGUCAUUGAGCGAUAUUCUCGAACAUCAAGAAGAAAAUGAGCCUUGCAUUCAAGUAUUAAUAAUGUGGCUGCAAGAUAAUGGCGAAAAUUUCCUUAUAAAAUCUAACAAAAAUCUAGACAACGAAGUCAUUACUAGGUACAAGAAUAAAGAUCAAAACAAUUCAACGAGUUUUGCCAGAUUUUGGAUUUAUAGUCAUCAUAUAUAUAGUAAACAUAAAAGAAAUAAGAUUGUUGAUUUGGCAGAAGAAAAUUCCCUUACGGGUUUCUGUCUGGCAGGAAAACCUGGAGUAAUUUGUAUAGAAGGUGCCUUUGAAGACUGUGACUAUUGUUGGCAACAAAUCAAAUCUAUGAAUUGGCAGAAAAUACUAUUAAAACUGGUAGAAGAGGAGAAAGAUUGUAAAGAUAUGAUGGAUAUAAUGCGUAAAUUUAGUGAUUUUCGAGAAAUAUUCUUUACUACUUCAGGACGUCAUAAUGAUAUGAGCCAAGUAUUAAAGUAUUUAAUGGAACACAAAUCUCAACAUGUGUUUAAGGAAUUGUUUAGUAUUGAAGAUAAAUGUAGUGAACUGGCAAAUUGAUAGUAUGAUUAAUGAUUGAUGGUAGAUAUCUAUCAUGACUUUAACAAUCUUGUACAAAUAAAUUGAUGAAUAAUUUGAAUAAUUAAGAGUAUAUAUCUACCAUGACUUUAAUAAUGUUGUUAAAUAAAUAAAUAUAUUUGUAGAGAAAAAAUAUACUUG